UCCUCUUUAUGUCUUCUUGUGUUUAUGUUCUUUGUUGGCGUCAUUCGGAAGGGGAACCUUUCAUAACAUCACUUUUGUUUGCCCUAUGGUUUGCUCGAGCCGCGUACAUUUUCAUAGACUUUGCAACGACAGGCUAAAUGGUUAAUAUCGGACUGAGGAGAGUAGACGAUGCCCUGGCUGCUAAACACCCUGGUCUACAACAAUAUGCUGCUUGCCAGUCAUCAGCCUUCAUGAAGGGCACUGGGACGUUUCUCUUAGGUACUGCUGUUUUUUUUGUUCUUCAAAAAGCUUUACAAAAGAGGCUUCCUUAUGCACUUCAGUGGAACCUGCUUGUUUCAUUUGUGGCCUCGUCUGUCGGAAGCUACGCAGUGACGCGCUGGGAGACCAGGAAAUGCACUGAGCUGUGGUUGCUGUUGGAAAAAGGAGAAAUUCCAGAUCCAACUCCAUCAAAAGUUCUUAACUUGGAGGAACCAGCUGCCCCGAAAAAGACUUUGUAUGGAGAUGUGAUGGAAUAGCAUUGAAAUGUUCUUUGUAUAUAAAAAUGGCCAUGUAUAUUCAUGAAUUGCCAAAUUAUAUUUAACUUGGGCUUCAGCAAAUCUAUGUGUCUGCAAUACUGCCUUUUGAUUGUUAAUUCAUUUGUAACUAAAGAAGUAAACAAAAUUGGCCUGAACCUUUCGUAAUUUUUGUUUGGUGUUAAUUUAUACAAUUCAUUCUAUCAAUGUUGAUAACUCAGGCUUUAGUUUGUUUAAAGGGGAAAUGCAUUUACUAUUAUGCAUUAUUUGGCAUGGCAAUAUAAAGAAUUAUUAAGUCUACAUCUACUCUUCUGGAAGGUUCACACAAAAAUCACCAUACUAUCGUUAUGUGCUCUGUGCUGAUCACGUAAGAAGCAGUGGCAAUCAUCUGCACAGGUUUGAUGUUAUAUUAAUAUAUUAUAUUCAGGGCAUUUAGCAGAUGCUUUGGGCCAAAGUGACGGUCAUUCAUACAAACAUUAGCAUAGCAGCCAGCUCGUCAUGGACAUUGAUGACAUUGCUGUUCACAGGCUACUGCAGUGUUACCUGUGAAUGCAACACAUUGGAUUGGAUUGCAAUACACAGACCCAUCAGCUGGUGUACCCAGGGGCCUCACAAGGUGUUAGGAAGCAAAGGAGUCUGAAAUGACCCCAAAUAAGACAGAUAUGAUGGUGGCGGUGCCAGCCCCACGUCAGGUUUAAAAAGCAAGUAAUACUGAAACUGAAUCUCAAACUUGAUCCUGAAAUGUAUUUAACAUAUUGUACAGGGAGAGGGCUGUGGCCGCAAUCGAUGGAGGAGGCAGUCAGCUGUGCAGGAAGGCAACAACAGGAGUAUGAUGGACAGGGAUCUGACAUGGACAGGGAAUUAUUUUAUUUAAACAUUCAGAGGAAAUCAGGCCUACUGUAGGCCUAUGUAAAUAAGAUUAAAGAUGUCUAGGAUAGUAUAAAUGAUAUCUGUAAAUGGCAGGUGUACUUUGCUUUUGAUGGGGCCAUAAUGUUAUAUUAAUAAAAAGCAUUUUAUUGAUUGGCACCUUUCAGGCCACUUAAGCACACCUUACAUGCAUAAUUAAUAAAAUAUUAAAAACA